UAUGUCAAGACACUAAGGUGUUUAUAAUAUGAUUAAGCAUGGAGCUUAUAAUGAUGAUGAAUAUGAGGAUGUAGAUGACGGUAACUAAUAAGAUGAUGAUGAAUAAUAUGGAGAUCAUAAUUUCACCAGAAGUAAUUUUAAGUUAAUUAUAUUUUAAAGGUGAAUUGGAAGUCAUUAACAAUUUGUAUGAUAUAUUCCAACUUGAUUUUACUCGUAAAUAGAUUAUUGAUGCAUUAUAUGAAACUGAUGGAGAUCAUGAUGCUGCAUUUGAAUAUUUAAGUAAUAAGAUUAAAAAGACCCAAAAAUAAUAAUAGCCUCAGAAACCUUAAGCUCCUAAAAAAUAACAAUAACUAAUUUAAGCAGUUAAGAAAGAGGAGUAACCUUAACCAUUGCCUUAAUUAAUAAAAUAAUCAAAUAGUACUGACAAAUCAAAGAAUCAAUUUCAUAUUGAAUACAAUGUUGAUGAAUUCAAUUCACCUUAUCCAAGCAUUAAAUAUAAGAAUGUCAUUUAAAGCAAUCCUUCUACUAGCAUUGUUAUUUUAGGUCAUGUAGACACAGGUAAAAGUACAUUGACAGGAAAGUUACUCUAAAUAUUUAAAGCUCUGGAUGAGAAAGAAUUAAGGAAAAAUUAAAAGGAAGCUAAGAAUUUUGGAAAGGAUUCUUCUGCUCUUGCCUAUGCUACUGAUAUGACUAAAGAAGAGAAAGAAAAGGGUGUAACAAUGGAUAUGGCUUAUAAAACUAUAGUAAUUGGAGGCAGACAAUAUAAUCUAUUAGAUUCACCAGGACAUUAAGAUUUUGCACCACAUUUAAUAGUAGGAGCAGCAUAAGCAGAUUAUGCUAUUUUAGUAAUUGAUACAACAAAAAAUGCAUUUGAAAAUAGUAUAAAGAGUGGUAUGUUAAGAGAAAAAUUACAAUUAAUAAAUGCAAUGUUAAUUAAACAAAUUAUAGUUGCUUUGAAUAAAAUGGACUAGAUUGAUUGGGAUUAAAAAUAGUUUUAGGAAGCCAAAGAGUACAUUAAAACAUCAGCAGCUAAAUUAGGUUAUAAUCAAAAUCAAAUCAAAUUUAUACCAAUCUCUGCAUUUCAAGGUUUAAAUAUAUAAAAUAAACAUAAUAUUUAAUGGUAUUAAGGAUAAACUUUAGUUUAAGAAAUACUAAAUUUAUCUCCUAUUUAAAGAAGAGAAGAUUAAGUAAUUCUUGUUUAAAUUUUUAUUAGCCAGUCAGAUUCACUAUUCUAAAUAGAUUUCAAUAAAGUGAAGGUAAAUUAAGAGGAACAUGUUUAUUAGGUAAAUUACAUUCAGGAUAAUUGGAGAAAAAUAUAAAUUAUGUAAUAUUACCAUAAGGAAUCUUCUGUGAAGUGAAGGAUGUUGAAAGAUAGAGUAUGGAAGGAGAUAUUGUAGAAAUAAAGAUUAAAACACUUAUUGAUUCAGAAUUCUAAAAUAUCACUAUUGGAUCUGUGUUGAGUUCAAUUGAAUAUCAUGUUCCAGUUGCAAAUAAAUUGGUAUGUUAAAUUAGUACUCUUGAUCUUCAAACUCCAAUUAUAAGAGGAUCUCAAUAUUUGAUGCAUUUAGGUGCUCAGAAAGUAAUAAUUAUAUUAUAUUUUAAGGUUGGAGUUGUUGUUAAAAAGUUAAAUCAUAUUUAUAAUGAUGAUACUCAAACUAUUAAGAAGAAAUUCCCAAGGGCUAUUGUAUCUAAUGAAUUAGCUGAAGUUGAAUUAGAAUGUGAUGGUUUAGUAUGUGUAGAAACAUAUACAAAUUUAGAACAAUUAAGUCGAAUAAUAAUGAGAGAAAAAUUUAAUAUUGUAGCUAUAGGAAAGGUUACUAUUAUUAAUGUAAAUUUAAAUAAGUUGAAAUAAGGAAAGAUUAUUCAUGAAUAGUAAAUUUGA